CCCGGGGCGCAAAGGAUGUACAAGCAGUCAAUGGCGCAGAGAGCGCGGACCAUGGCCCUCUACAACCCCAUCCCCGUCCGACAGAACUGCCUCACGGUCAACCGGUCUCUGUUCCUCUUCAGCGAGGACAACGUGGUGAGAAAAUACGCCAAAAAGAUCACCGAAUGGCCUCCCUUUGAAUAUAUGAUUUUAGCCACCAUCAUAGCAAACUGCAUCGUCCUCGCCCUGGAGCAACACUUACCUGACGAUGACAAGACCCCCAUGUCUGAACGGCUGGAUGACACAGAACCGUACUUCAUUGGAAUUUUUUGUUUCGAGGCUGGCAUUAAAAUCAUCGCCCUUGGGUUUGCCUUCCACAAAGGCUCUUACUUGAGGAAUGGUUGGAACGUGAUGGACUUCGUGGUGGUGCUAACGGGCAUCUUGGCGACAGUUGGGACAGAGUUUGACCUACGGACACUGAGGGCAGUUCGAGUGCUGCGACCGCUCAAGCUGGUGUCUGGAAUCCCAAGUUUACAAGUCGUCCUGAAGUCGAUCAUGAAGGCGAUGAUCCCCUUGCUGCAGAUCGGCCUUCUCCUAUUUUUUGCAAUCCUUAUUUUUGCAAUCAUAGGGUUAGAAUUUUAUAUGGGAAAAUUUCAUACCACCUGCUUUGAAGAGGGGACAGAUGACAUUCAGAGUGAGUCCCCAGCUCCAUGUGGGACAGAGGAACCCGCCCGCACCUGCCCCAAUGGGACCAGAUGCCAGCCCUACUGGGAAGGGCCCAACAACGGGAUCACUCAGUUCGACAACAUCCUGUUUGCAGUGCUGACUGUUUUCCAGUGCAUCACCAUGGAAGGGUGGACUGACCUCCUCUACAACAGCAACGAUGCCUCAGGGAACACUUGGAACUGGUUGUACUUCAUCCCCCUCAUCAUCAUCGGCUCCUUUUUUAUGCUGAACCUCGUGCUGGGUGUGCUGUCGGGGGAGUUUGCCAAAGAAAGGGAGCGGGUGGAAAACCGGCGGGCUUUUCUGAAGCUGAGGCGGCAGCAACAGAUCGAACGAGAGCUCAAUGGGUACAUGGAGUGGAUCUCGAAAGCAGAAGAGGUGAUCCUCGCCGAGGAUGAAACUGACGGGGAGCAGAGGCAUCCCUUUGAUGUUGGAGCUCUGCGGAGAGCCACCAUAAAGAAGAGCAAGACAGACCUGCUCAACCCCGAGGAGGCAGAGGAUCAGCUCGCGGACAUCGCCUCUGUGGGGUCUCCCUUUGCCCGAGCCAGCAUUAAAAGUGCCAAGCUGGAGAACUCGACUUUUUUUCACAAAAAGGAGAGGAGGGUGCGUUUCUACAUCCGCCGCAUGGUCAAAACUCAGGCCUUCUACUGGACUGUGCUCAGUCUGGUAGCCCUCAACACGCUGUGUGUUGCUAUCGUUCACUACAACCAGCCCGAGUGGCUCUCCGACUUCCUCUACUAUGCAGAAUUCAUUUUCUUAGGACUCUUUAUGUCCGAAAUGUUUAUAAAAAUGUACGGGCUUGGAACACGGCCUUAUUUCCACUCUUCCUUCAACUGCUUUGACUGUGGGGUUAUCAUCGGGAGCAUCUUUGAGGUCAUCUGGGCCGUCAUAAAACCUGGUACAUCCUUUGGAAUCAGCGUGUUACGAGCCCUCAGGUUAUUGCGUAUUUUCAAAGUCACAAAGUACUGGGCGUCUCUCAGGAAUCUGGUCGUCUCUCUUCUCAACUCCAUGAAAUCCAUCAUCAGCCUGUUGUUCCUCCUUUUCCUGUUUAUCGUCGUCUUUGCACUUUUAGGAAUGCAGCUCUUUGGCGGCCAGUUUAAUUUCGAUGAAGGGACUCCUCCUACCAACUUCGACACUUUUCCAGCAGCAAUAAUGACGGUGUUUCAGAUCCUGACAGGCGAGGACUGGAACGAGGUCAUGUACGAUGGCAUCAAAUCUCAGGGCGGCGUGCAAGGCGGCAUGGUGUUCUCCAUCUACUUCAUCGUGCUGACACUCUUCGGGAACUACACCCUCCUGAAUGUGUUCUUGGCCAUCGCGGUGGAUAAUUUGGCCAACGCCCAGGAGCUCACCAAGGAUGAACAAGAAGAAGAAGAGGCAGCCAACCAGAAACUCGCCCUCCAGAAAGCCAAGGAGGUGGCAGAAGUGAGUCCUCUGUCCGCGGCCAACUUGUCCAUAGCUAUGAAAGAGCAACAGAAGAACCAGAAGCCGGUCAAGUCCGUGUGGGAGCAGCGGACCAGCGAGAUGCGCAAACAGAACCUGCUGGCCAGCCGGGAGGCCCUGUACAAUGAGAUGGACCCCGACGAGCGCUGGAAAGCUACCUUCGCCCGGCACCUGCGGCCCGAUAUGAAGACCCACCUGGACCGGCCGCUGGUGGUGGACCCCCAGGAGAACCGCAACAAUAACACCAACAAGAGCCGGGCCGCCGAGCCCACGGUAGACCAGCGCCUGGGCCAGCAGCGGGCCGAGGACUUCGGCGGCGAGCGGAGGCGGCGGCACCGGCAUGGCCCUCCAGCCACGUAUGACAUGGACACGCGGAGGGAGGACAAGGAGCGCAGGCACCGGCGGAGGAAAGACACCCAGGGCUCCGGGGUCCCCGUGUCGGGCCCCAACCUGUCGACCACCCGGCCGAUCCAGCAGGACCUGGGCCGCCAAGACCCGCCGCCGGCCGAGGACAUCGACAACAUGAAGAACAACAAGCUGGCCACCGCAGAGGCGGCCGGUCCCCACGACAGCCUCGGCCACGCCGGCCUGCCCCAGAGCCCAGCCAAGAUGGGGAACAGCACCAACCCCGGCCCCACAAUGGCCCCGUCUGCCAUGGCCACCAAUCCUCAGAACGCCGCCGGUCGCCAGAUGCCCAACAACCCGGGGAACCCGUCCAACCCCGGCCCCCCCAAAACCCCCGAGAACAGCCUUAUUGUCACCAACCCCAGCAGCACCCAGACCAACUCAGCUAAGACUGCCAGGAAACCCGACCACACCGCGGUGGACAUCCCCCCGGCCUGCCCGCCCCUCAACCACACCGUCGUCCAAGUGAACAAAAACGCCAACCCAGACCCACUGCCAAAAAAGGAGGAAGAGAAGAAAGAGGAGGAGGAAGACCCCGGGGAAGACGGCCCCAAACCCAUGCCCCCCUACAGCUCCAUGUUUAUCCUCUCCACGACCAACCCCCUUCGCCGCCUGUGCCAUUACAUCCUGAACCUGCGCUACUUUGAGAUGUGCAUCCUCAUGGUCAUCGCCAUGAGCAGCAUUGCCCUGGCGGCUGAGGAUCCCGUGCAGCCCAACGCGCCUCGGAACAACGUGCUGCGAUAUUUUGACUACGUUUUCACAGGCGUCUUUACCUUUGAGAUGGUCAUCAAGGUGAGUGCCAGGGGAUUCUGCUCCCUCAAGAAUGGCCCCCUGGCGCAGGCGGGGGUUAGAAACGCCUGUGUGUUUGAGGAGCAGCGAGCACAUCUGGGGGGGUCUCUCGAAUGGCGCCCUGAACAGACUGAGGGCUUGGUUUGUCGUGAGGCCCAUGGCCGAUCUAAGGACUGCAGUGCCCGCUCCCGGGUCUUCCCGGGGAAUGAGGACGGUCACACGGUGUCCGAAGCCCCUGAGCUGCGGUGGGUGUACCCACAUCUACAGGGGGGUCUCGAAUGGCGCCCUGAACAGACUGAGGGCGUGGUUUGUCGUGAGGGCCAUGGCCGAUCUAAGGACUGCAGUGCCCGCUCUCGGGUCUCCCCGGGGAAUGAGGACGGUCACACGGUGUCCGAGGCUCCUGAGCUGCGGUGGGUGUACCGCAAGGGUCAGGAGGCGGAUUACGCUUCUGACUCUGGCCAGGACCCCCAACUCCAAAGCGCGGGACCUCGACGGCAUUCCGAGGCCUCCCGGCGCCAGCACCUCUGGAGAAAGGCUGUUUCUCCAGCUCUUGGCAGUGACCUUCGGUGGCAGACUCGCCUUUGGUCAUCGAUGACUGCCUGGCUGCCCUGCUACUUGGAAAUUUGGCUUCUUGGUGUCCUUGGGCAGUGCCAGGGGCCUGCCGAGUGCAGGGGGCCGCACGGGGGGCUCCCUGAUGGAAGGAUGGACAUCGGCCGGAGCCGCGGGCCUGAGGCUGCCCUCCGGUGCUCGGGCGGGGCAGGGGGUUCUCAGGUGUGUGUGCGUGUAUGUGCGUGUUCUGUGUUCUCUCUUCUGAGGCCGCUUACGAUCUGUCUCUCCCUCCGACGCCACCUCACCAGGAGCAGUACACGUGGCAACAGCAAAGGAAAGGACAUCAACACAAUCAAAUCCCUCCGCGUCCUCCGGGUGCUACGACCUCUUAAAACCAUCAAGCGGUUGCCAAAGCUCAAGGCCGUGUUUGACUGCGUGGUGAAUUCUCUCAAGAACGUCUUCAACAUCCUUAUCGUCUACAUGCUGUUCAUGUUCAUCUUUGCCGUGGUGGCCGUGCAGCUGUUCAAGGGCAAGUUCUUCCACUGCACCGAUGAGUCCAAGGAGUUCGAGAAAGACUGUCGUGGCAAGUACCUGCUGUAUGAGAAGAACGAGGUGAAGGCCCGGGACCGAGAGUGGAAGAAGUAUGAGUUCCAUUACGACAACGUGCUGUGGGCUCUGCUGACCCUCUUCACCGUGUCCACGGGAGAAGGCUGGCCACAGGUUCUCAAGCACUCCGUGGAUGCCACCUUCGAGAACCAGGGUCCCAGCCCCGGGUACCGCAUGGAGAUGUCCAUCUUCUACGUCGUCUACUUUGUCGUGUUCCCCUUCUUCUUCGUCAAUAUCUUUGUGGCCUUGAUCAUCAUCACCUUUCAGGAGCAGGGAGACAAGAUGAUGGAGGAAUACAGCCUGGAGAAAAAUGAGAGGGCCUGCAUCGACUUCGCCAUCAGCGCCAAGCCGCUCACCCGGCACAUGCCCCAGAACAAGCAGAGCUUCCAGUACCGCAUGUGGCAGUUCGUGGUGUCGCCGCCUUUCGAGUACACCAUCAUGGCCAUGAUCGCCCUCAACACCAUCGUGCUCAUGAUGAAGUUCUACGGGGCCUCGACUGCUUAUGAAAAUGCUCUGAGGGUAUUCAACAUCGUCUUCACCUCCCUCUUUUCUCUGGAGUGUCUGCUCAAAGUCAUGGCUUUUGGGAUUCUGAAUUAUUUCCGCGAUGCCUGGAACAUCUUCGAUUUUGUGACUGUUCUGGGCAGCAUCACCGACAUCCUCGUGACUGAGUUUGGGAAUCCGAAUAACUUCAUCAACCUGAGCUUCCUCCGCCUCUUCCGAGCAGCGCGGCUCAUCAAACUCCUCCGGCAGGGUUACACCAUCCGCAUCCUUCUCUGGACCUUCGUGCAGUCGUUCAAGGCCCUGCCUUAUGUCUGUCUGCUGAUUGCCAUGCUUUUCUUCAUCUAUGCCAUCAUCGGGAUGCAGGUGUUUGGCAACAUUGGCAUCGACGUGGAGGAAGAGGACAGCGAUGAGGACGACUUCCAGAUCACGGAGCACAACAACUUCCGGACCUUCUUCCAGGCCCUGAUGCUUCUCUUCCGGAGUGCCACCGGGGAGGCUUGGCACAACAUCAUGCUCUCCUGCCUCAGCGGGAAGCCGUGUGAUAAAAACUCCGGCAUCCUGACUCCCGAGUGUGGCAAUGAAUUUGCUUAUUUUUACUUCGUUUCCUUCAUCUUCCUCUGCUCCUUUCUGAUGCUGAACCUCUUUGUUGCUGUCAUCAUGGACAACUUUGAGUACCUCACUCGGGAUUCCUCCAUCCUGGGUCCUCACCACCUGGAUGAGUACGUGCGUGUCUGGGCUGAGUACGACCCCGCAGCGUGCGGUCGGAUUCAUUAUAAGGAUAUGUACAGUUUAUUGCGCGUAAUAUCUCCCCCUCUCGGCUUAGGCAAGAAAUGUCCUCAUAGGGUUGCUUGCAAGCGGCUCCUGCGAAUGGAUCUGCCUGUCGCCGAUGACAACACCGUCCACUUCAAUUCUACCCUCAUGGCUCUGAUCCGUACAGCCCUGGACAUCAAGAUUGCCAAGGGAGGGGCCGACAAACAGCAGAUGGACGCCGAGCUACGGAAAGAGAUGAUGGCCAUCUGGCCCAACCUGUCCCAGAAAACACUGGACCUGCUGGUUACGCCUCAUAAGUCCACGGACCUGACAGUGGGGAAGAUCUACGCGGCCAUGAUGAUCAUGGAGUACUACCGGCAGAGCAAAGCUAAGAAGCUGCAGGCCAUGCGUGAGGAGCAGAACCGGACACCUCUCAUGUUCCAGCGCAUGGAGCCCCCGUCACCAACGCAGGAGGGGCAGAACGCCCUCCCCUCCACCCAGCUGGACCCCGGAGGAGGCCUGAUGGCUCAUGAAAGUGGCAUCAAGGAGAGCCCUUCCUGGGUGACCCAGCGAGCCCAGGAGAUGUUCCAGAAGACGGGCACCUGGAGCCCGGAGCGAGGGCCCCCUACUGACAUGCCCAACAGCCAGCCCAACUCUCAGUCUGUGGAGAUGCGAGAGAUGGGCCGAGAUGGCUACUCAGACAGUGAGCGCUACCUCCCCACGGAAGGCCAGGCCCGGGCGGCCUCCAUGCCCCGCCUCCCAGCAGAGAACCAGAGGAGAAGGGGCCGGCCACGUGGGAAUAACCUCAGUACCAUCUCAGACUCCAGCCCCAUGAAGCGCUCGGCCUCCGUGCUGGGCCCCAAGGCCCGGCGCCUGGACGACUACUCCCUGGAGAGGGUGCCGCCAGAACAGCUCCGUGACCGUGACCGUGGCCACCGGGCCUCCGAGCGCUCCUUGGGCCGCUACACGGAUGUGGACACAGGCUUGGGGACAGACCUGAGCAUGACCACCCAGUCGGGGGACCUGCCGUCAAAGGAGCGGGACCAGGAGCGGGGCAGGCCCAAGGACCGGAAGCACCGGCAGCACCAUCACCACCACCACCACCACCACCCCCCGCCCCCCGACAAGGAGCGCUAUGCCCAGGAGCGGCCUGACCACCGGGCCCGAGCCCGGGGCCAGGGCUGGUCCCGGUCACCUAGUGAGGGCCCCGAGCACAUGGCACACCGGCAGGGCAGUGCCUCCAGCCGCCUGCCCUGCCAGGCCCAGGCUCAGAUGUGCCGGCUUUCUGUAAAUCUGAACUGCAGCUCCCACUCAGCCAGCCCGGCUGCCCGCUCAGGCGCCCACCUCCUGCCUCCGUCCACCCACUCUCCCCGCACUCCUUUCACCCGCCAGCGCCAGCACUUUCUGCUGCUCCUUCAAGUGUACACGGAGCAGCUGUUCCAGGCCCAGGUCCAGGAGCUGGGGAUGCCCGGCGCCGGCACCGUUCACAUCCUCGUGGGCUCCGUCAGAUGGAGGAGACAGCACGGUCUCAUGCCCGCCUGA